CUCUUCUCCCUGCACACUCUUGGUUUACUCCAAGUUGACUUUUUUCUAUUAGCCCUUUUGACCUCCUUCUGCUUUUAUUUGUUUGCUUUCAAUGCUGGGGAUUGAACUUGGGGCCUCCUGCAUGCUAAAUACAUGCUCUAUUACUAAACUACAUUGCCCCUCGGUUUGCUCCUCUUUUUUUAACAAUUUUUUUUCUCAGGGAUAAUCCUUGGAUAUCUGCCUACUUAAGAGUAAGCAGACUGAAAAACUGAGGUAUAUAGAUGUGGCUUUGUCAUCUGUUAUUUUACAGGAUGCUCUGGCUGGGCUACUUCACUGGGGGCAACCCUGAAGUCAGCAUUUUGGGGUUUUCCCCCUGGGGUUGGGUCAUUUUCCUAAGAAGCUUUUCCAACCUGCUUAACAGAGGGUAAAGGCUGGCUGCCAGGCUUCUGGGAGCCAAGUGGGAAAGCAGGCUAGGAGUCUUAUGCCCACAAUGGAUGUGGUCACUCAGUCCCUUCCACUUCCCUUCCCUCCCCAACAGUAUCCUUGAUGAUGUCUAAUGGUUCCAAGUCUAAGACCGCCACAGAAAAUAAAAUCCCAACACAAACAGCAACUCCAGCACCAAGGCCCCUGAUCGUUGCCUUCUAACAUCUCACCCAUGUGGCCACCUUUUCCAUGUCCAACUUCACCCAGUCCAAGCUGCCUUCCCCUCCCACUAGACCUGAUUCAACCACCUACCUCUUACUUCUGUCUUUUCUGCACCCAGGAACCAGGAUGGCUCUUUCAUGUUACUUGCUUCCACCCUCCCCCUGGCUUCCCGUGCCCUCGGGACAGCUCUGCAGUCUGGCUUCCUACCUCCUCCACCUCCCCCUUCAGUCCUUCCUUCCCCCACACCCAUCCCAGCCCUCUCCCUUUAAGACACAGCCCUUUAUUACCUCCUCUUGAGAGCCUCUUGUGGCUCAGUCUGAUUGCUGGCUCUCCCUGGGGAUACCAAAGGGAAGGUCUGUGCCUCCAUAAUGCCAUUGGGAGUGCCUGGCACCUGGCGCCCAAGAGGUGCUGAGCUGAUCUGGGCUGCGGAGGUCAUUGCCUCUUGCAUCUCUGGAGAGCUUUGCUAACUGCAGGGUAGGGGUGGGGCUUGACCUUCCCACUGACCCCAUGGUGCCAGCCAUUGGGUCCGUGAGCUGGGUCUCCACCAGUGUGAACAUCCAGCUGCUUCCAGAACCACCACAGCCCAUUCUGUGAAGAGCAAAGGAGGUGCUACCCCCAAGCGUUCGGGAUGCUGAGUCUGACCCUCCCAACCACCCUGUAGGAACACAAUGCAGAGGCCAUUUCUAGACAGGAGGCUGCUCUGCCCAGCUGCCGCCUUCUCCUGUAAUGACCACUGCAAAGUCCAUUUCCAUCAAGACUCUAAUGGGCAUGGUCAGGGAGCAGGAGCCCUCACUGUGGUGGGGUCUCUGUAACUGGUGCCCUUACCAGCAGUCCAGACUGGUCACUUAUGUUGCUGCUUGCAAAACGGAGAAAUUCCUGGUCCACUCACAGCAGCCAUGUCCACUGGGGGCUCCGGACUGCCAGAGAGUCAAAGUCAUGUACCGCAUGGCCCACAAGCCGGUGUACCAGGUGAAGAAGAAGGUCCUGAUGUCCGUGGCCUGGAGGUGCUGUCCAGGCUUUGAGGGCCCCGACUGUCGGCAUCAUGAUCCCACAGCAACCCCGGAGCCUGCAGAACCAAGGAAUGGCCCUCAGGAGCCCUGGGACCAGUUGGUCAACCUUGAACUUGGCCACCCCACUGCAGAGCUCAAUGAGGUGGAGGAGCAACAGGAACAGCAGGAGCAACAGGAACACCUGCCGGGAGAUCUCCAGAAUGAUGUUGACCAGGCAGCAGACAGCCUCCCAGCGCUGUGGAAGGCCCUGGCCAGGAACCUCACAUCUGCAACAACAGAGACAAAUCAAACGGAGUUGGAAUUUCCUGGCAGGUCCUUGGAGCAAGUGCUGCUGCCCCACAUGGACACCUUCCUGCAAACACAUUUCAGCCCUAUCUGGAAGAGCUUCAACCAGAGCCUGCACGACCUCUCCCAGGCCGUAAGAAACCUGUCUCUUGACGUAGAGGCCAACCGCCAGGCCAUCAAGAGGGUCCAGGAGAGUGCUGUGGGCAGAGCUGACUUUCAGGAGCUUGGUGCCAAAUUUGAAGCCAAAGUUCAGGAGAAUGCCCAAAGAGUGGGCCAGCUACGCCAGGAUGUGGAGGACCGCCUGCACACCCAGCGCCUCUCCCUGCACCACUCCCUGUCCCAGCUCCAGGCUGAUGUGGACACUAAGCUAAAGCGCCUGCCUAAGGUCCAGGAGCUCCCAGGGGCCAAUGGCAGCCUGGUGAUGGCAGCGGCAGGGGCGGCAGCAAGGCCAGAGCCAGAGAGCCUGCAGGCCAGACUGGGUCAGCUGCAGAGAAACCUCUCAGCCCUGCAUGUGGACACCAGCCGCAGGGAAGAAGAAUUGCAGAGCACCCUCAGGGACAUGAGGGCCACCCUGGCCCAGCAUGUGGAAGAAAUCAAGGAGCUGUACUCUGAAUCCGACGAAACCUUCGAUCAGAUCAGCAAGGUGGAGCGGCAGGUGGAGGAGCUACAGGUGAACCACACGUCUCUGCGAGAACUGAGAGUAAUCCUGAUGGAGAAGUCUCUGAUCAUGGAGGAGAACAAGGAAGACAUGGAGCGACAGCUCCUGGAGCUCAAUCUUACCCUCCAGCACCUGCAGGGCGCCCACGCCGACCUCAUCAAGUACAUCAAGGACUGCAACUGCCAGAAGCUCUACUUUGACCUGGAUGUCAUCCGGGAGGGUCAGAAGGAUGCCACGCGUGCCCUGGAGGAAACCCAGGUGAGCCUGGAUGAGCGGCGCCAGCUGGACGGCUCCUCGCUGCAGGCCCUGAGAAGCGCAGUGGAUGCUGUGGCGCUGGCGGUGGAUGCGCACAAAGAGGAGGGCGAGCGGGCGCGGGCUGACAGGGUCCGGCUCCGGAGCCACCUGCAGGCGUUGGAUGGUGAGGUGGGCGCGCUGAAGACAGGUGCGGAGGAGACGCACCGAGAGAUAGGCCAGCUCCACAGCUCCUUCGCGGCCCUGCUGGAAGACGCACUGCGGCACGAGGCUGUGCUGGCCGCGCUCUUUGGGGAGGAGGUGAUGGAGGACAUGUCAGAAGAAGCGCCUGGCCCGCUGCCUCUGCGUUAUGACCAGAUCCGUGUCGCCCUGCAGGAGGCUGCCAGUGGGCUGCAGGAGCAGGCGCUUGGCUGGGACGCGCUGGCUGCCCGGGUGGCUGCGCUGGAGCAGGACACAAGCCACCGCUCAGAGCCUCCAAGGCGAGCAGAGCACCUGGAGCCCAGCCACGACGCCGGGCGGGUCGAGGCGGGAACCACCGCCCUGGCUGGGCUGGAGCAAGAGCUCCAGCAGCUGAGCGCCGACGUCAAGCGCAUGGUGCAGUGCUGCGAGGCCUCUGGGGCUGCCUCCCUCAAUGGCUCCCUCGAGGGCCUCCACGACACCCUCUCUGCCACUGAACGCGGCUUGGAGCAGCAUCGGAGGCUCUUCCACAGCCUCUUUGGGAACUUCCAAGGGCUGAUGGCAACCAACACCAGCCUAGACCUGGGGAAGCUGCAGGCCAUGCUGAGCAGAAAAGGGAAGAAGGAGCAGAAAGGUGGGGAAACUCCCAGGAAAAGGGACAAGAAGCAAGUGGCAUUUUUGCUGGAUGCACAUGCCAGAGGACUGGAGCAAGGUGCCCUGGGCACAGAGCUCUGGGAGGCAGGUUCCCCUGUGGCCUUCUAUGCCAGCUUUUCACAAGGCACAGCUGCCGUUCAGACGGUGAAGUUCGACACCAUGUUCAUCAAUGUUGGCAACAGCUACUUCCCUGAACACGGCCACUUCCGAGCUCCGGAACGUGGUGUCUACUUAUUUGCAGUGAGCGUUGAAUUUGGCCCAGGCCCAGGCACUGGGCAGCUAGUAUUUGGAGGUCACCAUUGGACCCCAGUUUGUACUAUGGAGCAGAGGGGUGGAAGCACAGCCACAACCUUUGCCAUGGUUGAGCUGCAGAAGGGUGAGAGAGUGUGGUUUGAGUUAACUCAGGGAUCCAUAACAAAGAGAAGCCCACCAGGCACUGCAUUCGGGGGCUUCCUGAUGUUCAAGACCUGAACCCUGAGACGGCUCUCAUCAGACAUCAGGGACCUGCCUGAUCUUCUUGACCUGGGGCUCCACCUGGCAACGGUCUGGAGACUAUCCAGUGGGCCUAGCUCUUUUCUGGAAACCCUCUACAGAAGACCACGUGCUACCUAGUUCUGUGGUUCCCUCUAGGUGCACUGGGUUGGGGUAUUCCUUAAUGAAGAGGAGAGCUAGAACGCUUCUCUCUGGGCAGGACCUGGUCCUGAAAGUGUGAACCUCAGCUCCAAUUGCCUUCUCAGAUAGCAUGGCUAGGACUCUGGCUCUUGGCCACACCCUGAAUUCUAUCUACAGACUUCUUUGGUAUUUUGUUCUUCCUGUUGCUUAGAACUUUUAUAUACUUUAAACCUCUCUCUGCUUCCUCUUCUCCCUAAUUAUAUGCUAGAAAGUUUUUCCCCCAGAAGGAAUAUUGAAAAUGGAGGUGAUAGGAAGGAUAUAUCUCAGUGGCAGACUGCUCACCUAGCAUGCAGAAGGACCUGGGUUCAGUCCUCAGAAUUGCAAAACAAAACAAAACACAAACAAAAAAGCAGAGGUGAAAUUUUAGCCAAAAUUGGAAACCAGUCUCCAGCCACUACAGGACAAGAUAAAACCAGCCCUUUUGAUAUCUAUCAGUUAGAAAUGGAGCAAAAUCCUGUUGAGUUAACCAAGGGCAACAAAAUCAGCAUCUUCAGCUUCAGCCAUUCCUUGCCUUUAUCUGUACCUAUAAUUUUAUUUUCACAUCCUUUUCUCCUAGACUUAUUCAGGGUAAAGGCCAAGACAGGCCAAAUAGGAACUAAAAUGUGUGCAGCCUUCACUGUUUUUCCUUCAUGCAGUAUCUUAUGACUGUCCUUCUUCUUAGCAUCUCUAACCAGGAAGGGUGCUGAGGGAGGAAGCGAAGAAAUGAAAUCUCCCUCCAUGGUGAUCAACUUUGGAAUAAAGUGAUGCCCUUCAAAUCUCUGCCUCAUUUACUUUUGGAGAACAACAACAUUUGGUAAAGUGCGUGGAAAUAUGAGACAAAAUGAAACUGUUUGGGAUAAAUGUGAUUCUCAUUAUUCUAGGCCAUGUUUGACUUCAACAAUUUUGGUUAAUUUUACGUGAAAUAGACAGUUGCUUCCACACUGGGCCAUGCCAUUGAUACCAGACAGGACAGCAAGGAAUAGCAAUUAUUCCUGCAAUAUAAACGUGUAGUUUUCAAAAAUUUUUAAGAUCCUAGAGGAAACGGCCUUGAGAAGGUAGUCAUCAGUUGUCAGAAAAUAAAGUGGGAUUUAGGGGGAUAAUAUUCAUUAUUUGCGGAAUAUACUCUUUACAAGAAAAUCAGAUUGGACUGGGUAAUGAGUUGGUGGUUGUGUUAACAAGGUUUCUAUUACAUCUUGUUAUUUUCUUGGAGUCAUUCAUUCAAAUUUCACUCUGAAUUUUAUUUGCCAGAAAACUUUGUGCAUUUAAUUGCUAAAAUGUCAAUGUUAAAAUGGACAAUUUUCCAGGCCACUCUGCCACUGAUGGUUUGACUUUGGGGUAAAUCACAAAUCUCCAAAACUUUGUUCAUCCAUAGUGUGAGGUGGGUAAUCUAAUGACUCUCUCAUUAAGUAUUCUUAACGUUGACCACAGGUUUGAAUCUUGCUUAUCCCCAGUGCAGGCCUCAGUUGCCACGGCCAUUCCCAAAUCUAGGUAUACGUAUUUGGGUCAUAGCAGGUCCAAGACCCUGAAGGAUGUCUGUCACUCCUGCUGCCAGCCAAACCAACCUGUCUUGGAUCUUCUUGCUGCUAUUGAGCAGGCCUUGUUGAUGACUAAAGCUGAAACAUUAGGGCAGUGUGGUCUUAUUCUUUAAGACUUCUAUUUGGAAUCCAUUGCACAUUGUAAGCAGAGUGAAUUAGUCCCCACCAUAAAGGGUACUUGUCCUCCAACCUUCAGAGGAUCGGUGCUCUUCGACAGGAAGGUUGUAAAUAAAACUCCUCCAGCAGCAUUGUAUCAGGCACUCCUAACAUUUCUAGGAUGAUGAUUACAGGAGUCACGGCUCUUUUAGCCAGGCUGCCUUCUAUACAACAAAACAUAUGUGACUGCACCUCACAAAACCUUAAGUACACAUGGUGUGUGUGUGUCAGGCGGGGGAGUCCUGGGGUUGAACCCAGGCAAGGCAUGCACUCUACCAAAUGAGAUACGUUCCCAGCCCAAGUACACAUUGUCGAUUUACACAGUUCUAUGAUUAGAACCCUAGGUCAGCAAGAAUUCUAUACUUCCUCUGAGAUUUCUUACCUCUGCUGAGGUACCUAACUCUGGGUGGAGACUUUCUCAGUGCCCUUCCAGAGAGACCCCUGUGAUCCAGGCUAGUGUUAAAAACUCCUUACUUGAGGCCCCAGAACAACACAAGGGUCAAGCACAAAGUGGCACUUCCCCAAACCUGGAGCAGGGGGUGUCGGGGUUUCGGCCGGACCCCUGGCCCUAGGUGUGGCAAGGCUAAGAUGGCGCCUGGCAGUGAGCCAGAGCAGUUUACUUUUGCACAAA